AUGACUCUUUUCCUUAAUAACGAUCAUAAGGUUUUGGAAUCAACGUUACGAACGAUAAUGGCACCAUCAUCAUCAUCAAUUAAUAAUAAUACCAUGAAACAAUGUACAAUAUCAUUGGAGAAUAGGAAGGGAUCUUAUUCCUCCACGAGAAGAAAUGCCUAUCUUAUAGCGAUGAUAAUAAUAAUACUAGGGUGGAUGAUGGUUUUGAAUGUGGAUGAGGCAGCAGCUCUUGUUUUAAGGAGAGUAACAAAGAAGAAUGUUACAAAUAGGUCUGAUAUAACAUACUCGUAUGGAGGAAGAAUAGGAACCUAUGAUAUCUUUUUAAAGAACGUUACAGACAAUUCAACUGUGCAAGUCAAGUUGAGGAAAAAGCAGAUGGCUGCCCAAUACCGUUCCACGUGGUGUACUGUUCCUUAUCAAAAUGAAACUGAAAUUGAUUAUAGGAAGGAAAUUUGUAUUGUGGACAAAUUAUCGAAAGUGUUUUAUGUACUAUGGGAUGGGUACAAUGUAAUUCAAGUCGACACAUCAUCAAAGGUUGAGCCUAGUUUGAAUAGUAUUGCUUCCUUCAAGAUUACAAUUCCAGGUAAUUUGCCUGAAGCAUUUUCAGGUCAAUUAUUUGCAAUUGUGAAUGAGAAAUUUGCAAUGAGUUGUUCAAAGCAAAAUGUUUCCUCCACUCUGUAUAACUACUUGUCAUCGAAUGGUCAACAGUAUUUGAUUCCAAAUACCACAACAAUGUACUAUAUGAGUGCAACAGAUGCUUCAAAUUUUAUCCUUAGUGAUAUCAAUUAUUAUUUCAGAAUUUACAAUCACCCAUCAGGAUUUGGUGUGUAUGUUGUAAGUGAGGUUUUUGGACUUUGUAUCAAGAGAUUUGAGCAAUACAAUCAAAUUGACAAGUUAUAUGAGAUUGGUUUCGCUGAAUGUGAUGUAACUAACGAACAUCAAAGAUUUUAUUGGACAGGAACCAGUUUAGUUACUGCUAGUGUUUCCACCAAAGCAUAUACUCUCCGUUUCUUCUCCAUGAUGUAUGGAAACUCAAUUGGUUUGGUAACGUUUAAUACAAGAGAGGCUAGCUCACUUUCAUUGAUGCUUAUUACUGAAGAUAACAAGAAAAAGAAUCCAUUUGUUACAAAAACUGAUGUGCUCAAUUCAUCUUCAAUUGUUGAAGCAUAUUACAAUACUAGGACAGUUCUUGAUUUUGAUUCAACUCUGCAAGAUGACUUAAUUUCAGCAGUUGUUCCAUUCACCUAUUCCAAUGCUUCUCAUAGUUCUCUAUCCAUUUAUUUGGUAAUUUCUUUAUUCCUUGUCAUUGUUCAUUUAUUGUAA